GGCACCCCCCUUAGCGAGCUCUCCUGGUCCUCCUCGCUGGCCGUCGUGGCUGUUUCCUUCUCGGGGCUCUUCACCUUCAUCUUCCUCAUGUUGGCCUGCCUGUGCUGCAAGAAGGGGGACAUCGGUUUCAAGGAGUUUGAGAACACCGAGGGGGAUGACUACGUGACGGAGCUCUCAGCCCAGGGCUCACCCGACCCCCAGCAUGGCCCCGAGGUCUACGUCCUGCCCCUCACCAAGGUCUCCCUGCCCAUGGCCAAGCAGCCGGGGCGGUCAGUGCAGCUCCUCAAGUCGGCGGACCUGGGGCGGCAGAGCCUGCUCUACCUGAAGGAGAUUGGGCAUGGAUGGUUCGGAAAGGUGUUCCUGGGGGAGGUGAACUCGGGCAUCAGCAGCACCCAGGUGGUGGUGAAGGAGCUGAAGGCGAGCGCCAGCGUGCAGGACCAGAUGCAGUUCCUGGAGGAAGCACAGCCCUACAGGGCCCUCCAGCACACCAACCUGCUGCAGUGCCUGGCCCAGUGCGCCGAGGUCACCCCAUACCUGCUGGUGAUGGAGUUCUGCCCGCUGGGUGACCUGAAGGGGUACCUGCGGAGCUGCCGGGGGGCCGAGGCCAUGACCCCAGACCCGCUGACGCUACAGAGGAUGGCGUGCGAGGUGGCCUGCGGUGUCCUGCACCUGCACAGGAACAACUACAUCCACAGCGACCUGGCCCUGCGGAACUGCCUGCUCACCGCCGACCUGACCGUCAAGAUCGGAGACUACGGGCUUUCGCACUGCAAGUACAAAGAUGACUACUUCGUGACGGCCGACCAGCUGUGGGUGCCGCUGCGCUGGAUCGCGCCCGAGCUCAUCGACGAAGUGCACGGCAACCUGCUCAUCGUGGACCAGACCAAGUCCAGCAAUGUCUGGUCGCUGGGUGUCACCAUCUGGGAGCUGUUUGAGCUGGGCAGCCAGCCCUACGACCACUACUCCGACCGGCAAGUGCUUGCCUAUGCCAUCAAGGAGCAGCAGCUCAAGCUGCCCAAGCCCCAGCUGAAGCUGUCGCUGUCGGAGCGCUGGUACGAGGUGAUGCAGUUCUGCUGGCUGCAGCCGGAGCAGCGCCCGACAGCGGAGGAGGUGCACCUCCUGCUCUCCUACCUCUGCGCCAAAGGGGCGACGGAGGCGGAGGAGGAGUUCGAGAAGCGCUGGAACUCCAUGAAGCCCAAUGGCAGCGCCAGUGCCAGCCACCACGGUGCCGAGCUCUCCUCCUUCCCGCUGCUGGAGCAGUUCUCGGCUGACGGCUUCCCCUCGGACGGGGACGACAUCCUCACCGUCAUGGAGACCAGCCACGGCCUCAAUUUUGAGUACAAGUGGGAGCACACCAAGACUGAGCACUUCCAGGCGCCCCUGGGGUCCCUGAGCCCCAGCAGUGCCGCCCGCUACCACGAUCUCUACUACCCGGCCACAACCGCGGGACGCCUGAGCCUGGGGGUCUCACCCUCCUGCUACGAGUGCAAGCCGCCGGGCUGCCCCGGCCUGCCGGCACCCGGUGUGGUGCCCAUCCUGGGUGCCCACAGCCCCUCGCUCGGCAGCGAGUACUACAUCCGCAUCGAGGGGCCCGGGGAGGGCAGCGCCGAGUUGGACUACGCCAUGUGCACCUACAGCCCUGCGGGCGAGCGGGGGUCCCCGUGCCCCCCAACCUGCUGGAGAGCCCAGGGUGCCCAUGGCAGCACCUACGACUCUGACAGCAGCCCCACCGUCUCCCUCAGCAUGGAGCCACUGCUGGGCCACACGCCAGCGGGCGAGGGCUCCUGGGAGUGCGCUGAGUACUACCCCUACCCCUGCCCAGGGCAGGAGCCACGGGGCUACGAGCCGUCCCCCAGCCAUGGGGCCGAGGGGUACCUGCUGGAGGAGGAGCCCGUCCAGUCAGGCAGCCAGGAGUGGCCCGUCCCCGGCUUCCAGCCCAGCAUCUUUGCCGACCCGCUGGGUGUCUCCCCGUCGGUGAACUGCGCCUACAGCCCCCGGGGGUACGGGGAGCCACGGGCAGCCCCGCUGGACGGACGGCUGCCGGGGCAGAGCGGGGCUCGUCCGGACUGCGUGGCACUGGAGCUGGGCGAGGGCAGCCCCCCCGGAGCCCCCCGCCCACAGGGCAUGAGCCCCCCGGCUCAGCGGCAUCCCUGGGCCUCCAACAGUUCCUCCAACAAUAGCGUCGGCAGUGGCAGCCCAGCAUCCCGCGAGCCCCCGGCCGGUGACAGCUGGUGUUACCGCCGCAUGAUCACCUUCCGGGGGCUGAUGGCCAAACCGCUGGGCACUGUGCCGCGUGGCCAGCCCCAGCUCGGGGGGUCCCCGCCAGGCCAUGACUUCCGACGCCUACAGCAGGAGCAGCCCCCCGGCACGGCCGGCGGCUCCUCCUCCCCGUGCCGCUCGCCCUCCCCGCGGCGCCAGGCCUGGCACAGCCGUGACUCAUCAGCCUCUGGCUGCUCGCAGGCAGCAGCGCUGGCUGGCAGCCCUGGCACGCCGUGGGGCCCCGGCGCAGCCCCACCAGCUGGAGCGGGGGCCCAGCACAAUGCCUGUCCAGAUGAGAGCAUGGAGGGGGGCAGCCCUGCCCGCAGCCUGCUGCCCCACACCUCGACUGCACCGGGGCUGGGGGAGGCCGCCCCCAUGGCCGGCACCGCCGCCCCGAACCCUGGCCCCCCCCCAGAGGCCGGUGUAGAUGGCACCCAGCCUGCGCCAGAUGCCCCAGAGGCGCCCGUGUCGGUGCCUGGGGAGGCUGCUGCUGAGAGCAGCUCGUGUGCCAGCGGUGACGCGGACCGGACGCCGGACAAGACCUUCUCCAGCGCCAGCUUCCCCAGUGUGGAUGAGGGGAGCGAUGAGGACACGGCGGAGCUGACCUCUGGUGUCUUCACUGACUUCUCUGGGGACUACAUGGAGAGGAUGGAGGCGGCCCCGGUGUUCAAGUCCCUGCAGAAGCAGGUGGGGACACCGGACUCCCUGGAGUCGCUGGACAUCCCCUCCACAGCCAGCUCCUGUGAGGUCUUCAGCCCCACCGCCUUCGCACCCGCUGGCCAGCCCAAGGCCCUCGACAGCGGCUACGACACUGAGAACAACGAGUCCCCCGAGUUUGUCCUCAAAGAGCCCCAUGAGCCGCGAGAGCCAGAGGCCUUCAGCCAGCUGGGGAAGCCACCCCCGGGGCUGCCAGGGGGUGAGGGCGAGGGUCCAGCCCCCGAAACGCGGCUCUCCACUUCCCUCGGGGCCGAGCUGCACAGCCUCUCCGAGAAGAACCCCUACCGUGACUCUGCCUACUUCUCCGACUACGACGCCGAGGCCGAGCGUGGCCCCAAGGAUGAGGAGGAAGACAGCGACAGGUCCCGGACCCCAGAGGCAGAGGAGGGUCCCCAGCCCCCCAUGCAGGACCUGGGGCGAGCCCCCGUGCCAGGAGAGGACCUGCUGCACCCCCCGGGGGCACCUGGCAGCCCCCCAGCAGCGCCUGGCAUUGCAGUGGCAGUGGACGUUUCGGCAGCUGGGGUUUCAGCGGGGGACUGGAGGGGGACAGAGGCCGGGAGUGCCCUGGCCAGCCCCACAGGGCAGGGGUCUGGCACCGAUCGGCGACCUGCUGGCAUGGGGCCGGUGCCGGGCAGCUCCCUGCCCCCUGACAGAGAUGCCUGUCCCCCGGGUUCUGUACCACCCAAGACUUUCUUCUUGACCCCGGUGCCAGCAAGCGCUGGGGAGCUGGUGUCCGUCGGAGGGAUCUGUGUGCCCGAGGGUGUCCCUGGACUUGGGGGAGCCGCAGCUGGGGGCGAACAGACUGUGCCCCCCACGCCGGGGCUUGGGGAACCGGGGCUGCCCCCGGAGGGGACCAUGCUGCGGCCGGCCGUCCCUGAGCGCCGCGAGGAGCCAGAGGAGGAGGAGGAGGAUACGGAGGACAGCGACGAGUCGGACGAGGAACUGCGCUGCUACAACAUCCAGGAGCAGAGUGAGGAGAGCGAGGAGGAGCCAGCGGCCGUGCCCAUCGUGGUGGCCGAGAGCCAGAGCAGCAGGAACCUGCGCAGCCUCCUCAAGAUGCCCAGCCUGCUCUCCGAGGCCUUCUGUGAGGACCUGGAGCGCAAGAAGAAAGCCGUCUCCUUCUACGAUGAUGUUACCAUCUACCUCUUCGACCAGGAAAGCCCCACGCGGGAGCUGGCAGAGCAGAGCUUCCCGGAGUCCCCCCAGCCUUCAGGGCAGCCCCCCACCGGCGGCAGCUCCCCGAGCCCGGCGGAUAGGCUUGGUGCCUCGGACGACUCCUCGGAUGGCAAUGCCUCGGAAGAGAGCGGCGGCUUUGAGUGGGACGAUGACUUUCCGCUCAUGCCGGUGAAGCCAUCCCUCAUGUCCUCGCUGACGGGGACGCCGGCGGAGCCUGACCUGGCCGUGCCUGCGCUGCCUGUGCUGCCUGCACUGGUGCCAGUGCAGAAGCAGGUACUGCCCAUCCAGUUCUCCCGGUUCACGGUCUCGCCUGCCCCAGUGUCCCGGUUCUCCAUCACCCACGUCUCCGACUCGGACAUGGACUCCAUAGGAGGCAGCAGCGAAGAUGGUGACCGGGAGUGA